GCGCGAAUCUCAAUGACAGCUGUAGCACGAUAUUUCUACUACCAACAUGCGCUCCGGCCACGCUCCGGCCACGCUCUAGCCAAGAUCCGACCUGAACGAUCGAAGCAAGCCCAAAAAGUUGUGCAAGGCGUCGAAGACGCGCGAUGAGCUGUCAAACUCCGUCAACCGAAGCUAACCUCUCGACACCUCCUGCUAGCUCCUGUGUAGUGCCGAGUAAACGUGGGGGUACAGCCGCAGACAGACCGUACUCGCCUGUAGCGUUGCAUGGCGCCAAUGCCGGUCAUGAGAAACUUGCGUCUGGAGCGACAAUGCUACUCAUCAUCCUCCUCGUCCAUACUAUUGCUGUCUGCCCCUGCCGCUUGACCAUCAUUCCCUGGCGCCUGUGCUUCGAAAUCUGCAAGUGUAGGGAUUUUCGACCCGGCUUGGAGCGCCGCAGUUUUCGCGGCCAGGUACGCUCUCAAACGCUUCCUCCGCGCCUGUCUAGCACGAGGGUGCGCCUGUUCGCUGGCUAUCUCGAUGUGAUACUCCGCGACGAUCGGGUCUCUCUGUUCGAGUACAGUGAAUCCAUGGAUGUCGAUGUUGAACUUUAUAGAUCCGUCUUCCUUGUGCGAUGCUACGAGUGCGGAAGGACAUGUGUCAUGGUAUUGUCUUGUCUGCUCCACGAGAUCAUAAAGUUGGCCGUAAGUGAUGCCAUCUUUAGCGUGAAGCGAGCGAGGAGGGGCAAGGUCUGGCAAAUCAUCAUCUUCGCAGCUCGAAGUCCAUAUUGAAAGGUGCUUGACUGGAGGCUGGAUGAUAAGUAGAGAUUUGACUCUGGUGCCAGGCUUCGGAGUCUUCCCCCCCAAGGAAGACCCUGAACGAGACGCUUAGGGAUGAAACUUCGCGGUCAACGCUGCAAUGUAGCAGGUGGAGGCCCGGGAGACCGAUGACCCGGAAAUGGCUCGUUAGGCCCGC